GUGCGCGUGGGUGUGUCCGUGCAAUCUGAGGAGAAAGAUGGCUGCGGGACGAAGGGAGAGGUUGACAAAUCUCAGAUUCGCUGUUUAAGGAUAAACAGGUUACGGCGGAGGACGAAACGGAAAACAGCACUCGCUCGCUUGUGUUUGGAAGAGUCUAUGUAUCGGUAUGGAGUAUAGUGCCGAUAGCAAACUGGAUGACAGGGAGCGCAGACAAGCCGCACAUGCUCACACACUGAUCACUGGUGUACAGUGACUGUUGCUGCAGACAUCAGCAGGAUUCCAUCCUCUCUAUGCUUUUACCUCUUAUUUCAUCAAGCUGGACUCUUCAUUUCUUGAUUUUUGGACACCUUUUGUGAGUCACCUUACCCCCCUCCCCCCCUUUUCCCUUUUCUCUCCCUCUCUACACUACUCCCUCUCUCCCCCUUUAUUCUUUCCCUGUUGACCUCUUGAUUGAAUUUGGAUCAGCCUGUGAGCUAAGAUGAGUUGGUUGAGUCGUUUAAAUCCAAGGGGUCCAGGCACUCGGACUGGUCGACAUGCAGCCCCAUCCAGCCCAUGCACUGCCGACCCCGAGACCUGUCUUAUGGUGUUUGAGAACCACUGGAGACAGGUGUCAGGUGUGUUGAAACAGAGAGAGUCUUCAGUGGGUGGUUGUGCCGAUGAUCUCACGGCAGUUCGCAAUCACACAGAUCAGAUGCUGUGCCUGCUAGCGGAAGAGAGACCGGCAGGGGGAGACAUUGAAUCACCAGCAAUGGGUCCUAUUCUGGAGAUGGUGGUGGCAGAGAAUAUACUGGAAGAGUUGGUACAGUGGCAUGUGCGCCAUGGUCUGGAUCCGGACAGCCAGCUAGAGCUGUUGAAACUGUUUGAGAUGCUGAUCGGACAGUCACAUCAGCCACUGCUCCUGCACAGUGCAGUGCUGCAGCCGCUGCUAAGCCUGCUGGGAGCAUGUGUGGAUCCCCAGCUGGGCUGCCCUCCUGCCCUAGAGUCCAGCCUCGUACUGCUGCUAAAUCAGGUAUGUGUGUCCAUGGCGAAAGAAACUGCCGUUUUGGAGUUGUUAUUUAGGUGUGGGCCAGUACAGCAGGGUCCCACUAACCUGCUGAUCUUCUCCCUGUUGGUGCCAUUUAUCCAUCGAGACGGCGCUCUGGGGCAGCAGGCCCGUGACGCGCUGCUCCUCGUCAUGGCAACCUCUGCCAGCAACCACGCUGUUGCACGCUACAUUGCUGAGAACUCCUACUUCUGCCCAGUGCUAGCGACAGGGCUGAGUGGACUAUAUUCAUCCCUGCCACGGAAGAUUGAGGUACGGGGCGAUGACUGGCAUGCACUGCGGAGGGAGGACUGGAUGGGCGUCUCCUCUCUAGUGCUGUUCAUGAACAGUCUUGAAUUCUGCAAUGCUGUAGUACAGGUGGCACACCCUCUUGUGCGCUGCCAACUCCUUGACUACCUCCACAACGGCUUCCUGGUGCCAGUCAUGGGCCCCGCUCUGCACAAGUCGUCGGUGGAUGAGAUGAUAGCAAGCACGGCAUAUCUGGAUUUGUUUUUACGCAGUAUCACAGAAACUUCCCUCCUUAAGACCUUCCUGCGCUUCAUUCUGUUGCAUCGCCAUGACAACGACACCAUCCUCGAUACAUUACUCACACGCAUCAGCAGCAAUUCACGGCUGUGCAUGGUCUCUUUGAGUCUGUUCAAGACAUUGCUCAGUCUCAACUGUGAAGACCUCAUGCUCCAGCUUGUUCUCAGGUAUCUGUUGCCAUGCACACAUGUAAUGCUGAGUCAGCGGAGGGCAGUCAGAGAAACAGACCUCUAUGGCAAAUCAGCUGACAAGUUCCUUUCCCUCAUACCAGAAUGCUGCAGAAUCACUUCAGCACCCUCUAGUGAGCGGGAUGAUGAACCUGCUUUUUGGGGAAAGGUGUUGGGUAGUCCUACUUCAGAGUCACCAGUUCACCCCAGACCCAGCACUCCUUCCCGCCUUGCUCUCUUUAUUCGACAGCAAAGCUCAGGAGGCCAAGCCAACUCAUCUGGCUCGGAAAAUGCUCCCUCUUCUCCUCGUGGUAGUGUUUCUUCCCCUCUUUCUUCUGACAGCCCCAUGCACCAACUCCCAGAUGCUUCAGAAGGAGAGACUGGCUACCUAGAGUAUCUGCGUGAUGCUCGGAAGGGUAUUGAGCUCUGCUCCUGGGCCUGUCGAGACUGGUCGGCACCUUACGAUGGAGAAAAUCCCUCUCCAAACUCUGUUCCUCCUCCACCUCCCCCUCCUACGUCCAACCCCUCCCUCAGUGUGGUACCAGAGCAUUUCUCUGUAAUGGACCCCGCUCAGCAGAGGGCAGCAGUGGUGGCUGCAGCUCGUGCCGAGUGGAGCAGUUCAGAUCGAGAUAGUGGAGAGUGGGAUGUUACCAUCAGCAAGAACUGUAUCAGUCUCACACCCCGCAGUAAGAAACGCAGCCUUCUUCCCAGCUCUGUACCCCUACAAUCUUCAUCUUCUGCAUCAGUCUCUACAGAAAUAUCAGGUGCUGUGGAAACCGUGUCCCAACACUCUCAUUCGGCACCUCAUCCAGCACUCUACAAUGGGAUGGGGCAGGUGGAGUUCACAGACAGUGUGGAUGAGAGAAUGGAGGUUAAGAAAGUGAAGAGGGAGUCGGAUGUAAAUAGCAGCGUGGUUGAGUUGGGGAUGAAUGGGUCAAUGGGUAUGGGCCCAGUCGACUACAAUGAUUUCCAUGUAGGGUCGGCGCUGAAAUCAUCUCAGGUGCAGUUGAAGCCACAUCUGCAACAUCAAACCUCUGUGCCCUCCUCUGCCCAAGAGUGUCUGCAAAGCGAGAGCCAGAGAUUGUCUCCUGUUCUUGGCUUGACAGAGACCUCCACAGUGGCCCGGGACAGCAAGGGUCCGGAGUCCGUUGAGCGUCUGAUUGAGGAGUUGCUGGAGCGGGCGCCGUCAGAGCCAUUAUCUGGUGACUCGAAAUGCCAGGGAAUCAGCAUUGAGGCUUUCCACCAAGAGCUGAGGGAGCUGGAGGAACGUGUAAGAGAGAGAAGGGUUCUUUCACGUAGCUCGGAGGAGUCCUCUCGGGAAUCCCGUGCCGCUCCUGCUCCCAGCCUGACAGAUGAGGACUGUCUUCCGGUGGAGACUGAGCAGCGCUCCAGUGAAACAAAGCCUGACAGCUCUACCACUGGGGUAUUUAGCCCCGCACGACCCCUCGGACAACCUCUUGCUCAACCGUACACAGGUCCAUUUAUAACAGUCCUGUUCAGUAAACUGGAGAGUAUGAUGCAGAACUCCCUAUAUGUGAACAUUUUGCUGACGGGCGUUGUGUUCCAGCUGGCCUGUUACCCUCAGCCACUCCUACGCUCUUUCCUCCUCAACGCCAACAUGGUGUUUCAGCCCAGCGUUAAAUCACUCAUACAGGUGCUGGGGUCAGUAAAAAAUCGCAUAGAGGCAUUUGCAGCAACGCACGAAGAUUUCCCUGCCAUGUUAAGAAAGGCUCGCCGCUUUCUGGUUGCGAGAGGAAAGUUAGAAUGGUCCGACUCACCCAUGGGAGUGCCUAGCCUCCGUCGAUCAGACUCAUUAAUUAAAAGCCGAAAGCCAUCUCUGGGCGAUCUUAUCUUGAGGCACACCAACAGUCCUACGAGAGCUCGACAUGCAGCUCAGUUGGCCUUGGCCCACGUAAGAGAUGGAGGGCAGUCCCUGCACAGUGCUUUGUUCCGGGGUGGCGCGGCCGGUGGGGCCUCUGGCCUGGAGAAGCAGGCAGAGGCACUAAGGGUGAAAAAUGCAGUCUACUGUGCUGUCAUUUUCUCCGAGUUUCUCAAAGAGCUCGCAGCUCUUACACAGGAGCAUGCCGUAGCCCUACCCUUCCCACCCAGUCAAGGCACUGAGGAAUAACGCCAGGACAAAAUUUGUUUCCAAAUUUCCACUGUUCCUGGCACUGACCUGUAGACUAAUAUAUCCCUGAGAUUUUUCAAGCAAACAGUCUUUUUUUUUUCUUUUCAAGGGACAUGAUGCACUCAAAGAGACAGGAAAAUCAAUUGCUCAUAAAGGUGAUGAGAGGUCAUCUCUUGUUAAUAAUCUCAUGUUCAUAAUGUAUUUUUUUUUUUAAUUGUACAGGACCAUUUAUCCAUUAAGCUUUAGGAAAUUGUGCAUAUAAAUCUUGUAUAUAGUCUAUAUAAAAUAUCUAUGUGCAUAAUGAUUUUUGUACACUCAAAGAGACUUGCAUCCUUUAAGCUGGAGGAAUUUGGCCGUAAACUUGCACUCCCUACGUUUCUGUCACUUCAGAGACUAGCUAAUGUAGACUCACUACACACAGUUCUUUUAAACUUUUAUGGGUGCAGAAGUGCCAUUUACAUUUUAGCAAUGUUGAAUGGUUAUUUUGUCUUUUAUAGAGUAUAGGUCUGUAAGAUCACACCAGAAUAUAUCAGAAAUCAUCUGGCCUUUUUUAAAGGAUGAGGCAACAAGUCCUCAGUAUUGCAGCAGAAAUUGCCUCUUUAUGUAUACAUGUCUGAAAAAAAUCAACAAUUGACAAAAUACCCAACAUGCUCUGCCAAUCUCUAGCACACAUCUUUUUUUAGUCCAGCAGCUAGAGUGACGUUAGAGCUUGUAAAUAGGGUAGAGGGUUCAUUUCCCUAGCCUCUGUCCCUAUAAAAUUUAGCAUUGAUGGACAGUUUGUGUUUUAAAAUUUUAGUUUUCAUUCUCUGUGCAGCAGCUCAUAUUUUAGGACAGAUUUUAGGGUGAGUUUCUGGCUGUUUUUUGGAAAUGCAUAUGGUACAUUCACCCAGCAUGACAUUACAUAUCAUCAGUUUCUGGAAAGGCACUGAUUUUUCUGCCCACAAAGAUCUCCUCCUAUACUGGAUGUUAGCGUCCCUUUUGGCGUCUGACUAGGUGCUAAUGUCUUAAAUUUUUGACUGGUAUGAGCAAAGAGAAGCUUGCUUAAUAAUUACCUGUCCCUUUAAGGAGUGAGCCAAGUUAUGUGAAUCAUAAGCCAUCUUAGUGUUGAAACAAAGUUUUUUUUCUUUUUCUUUUUCUUUCUUUCUUUCUGUUCAUUACUUGAUUUUGCUAGUGUUAUGGAGUAUGAAAGAAAUCAGCCGUAAAGUGUGCAUACUGCAUAGUGGGAAAAACUGCCACAAGACGUUUAACUUUUUGAUUUAUUGCCAAAAUACUUCAGACACUUUAAUUUUUAGAAUGGAAGUUAAGGACAUGCAUGCGUGUUUGUUUUUAACAGUGUGUGCGCGUGUGUGUGUGUGUUAUUAUUAUUUUACGGUAUCGUUUUUGCCCCUUGUUCCAAAUGUCUUAGAAAAAGUGUGUUAGAGAGAAAAAAAGCUGAUCUGAAAUCAUCCAUUCAAGAGCUCUUUUUUCAUGUACAAGCCAUAUGCACAU